CGCCCCCCCUCCCCACCCCGCGCAUGCGCGCGGAGCGACACGGGCGAUUCACGCAUCCAAAAUGGCGGCCGCGAUGGAUGUGGACACCCCUAGCGGUACCAACAGCGGCGCCGGCAAGAAGCGCUUCGAAGUGAAGAAAUGGAACGCAGUAGCUCUGUGGGCAUGGGACAUUGUGGUUGAUAACUGUGCCAUUUGCAGAAACCAUAUUAUGGAUCUAUGCAUAGAAUGUCAAGCAAACCAAGCAUCAGCUACCUCUGAAGAGUGCACAGUCGCGUGGGGCGUCUGCAAUCACGCUUUCCACUUCCACUGCAUCUCUCGCUGGCUCAAAACUCGCCAAGUAUGUCCACUGGACAACAGGGAAUGGGAGUUCCAAAAGUAUGGACACUAGAGAGAUGGUCACCACGCUUCUUGUUGUGUCAUCAGCCUCAGUUGUUCUUGUCACUAUGGGUUUGUUUUAGCAACUUGAAAAAUCAGCAAUGUAUACGAUUCUUCUUUAAUCUUAAUUUCUCCCUAUUGUAUAGCAUUGAAUAAAAUCUUGCUGGAGCUUCCUGA